AUGGACUCGUCGCGACGUCAAGUCGAUCGUCACCCAUUGAAUUGGGUACGGCUUAUGAGUCGUUUAUCCUCAAGGGAAAUGGUUAUGUUUGGUUUUAAGGGUUUGAAGGAAACAAAGCUGGAUGUUGGAGAACCAGCUGUUACUCCCAAAGUAAUUGUUGCCGUCGACAAUCUUCGUUUAGAUGGGAAGAACUACAGUAUUUGGUGUUAUAGGAUGCUUUUCUAUGUCCUGAAUGGUCUUACACGUGUGCUCUAUGCGCCAUGGCCAAGAUUUCUGGUAGAAACCGAAGCAAGUGUUGAAGAAAUUGCUAUAUCAAGGGCUGCUGAAGAGAUAUGGAACAAGAAAGACUCCCUGUGUUUUCAUACAAUCUUGAACCAUCUAUCUGAUGAUCUCUUCCUUCAUUACUCAAAGAGGGGGAAGAAAACAAGUGCUAAGCAACUGUGGCAUGAGCUACAAUCGAGGUUUGGAGAACACGAUUCUUGCAUUCCAGAUUACCUGGAAUAUCAUUUCCUUGAAGAGGAACCAAUGGUGGAGCAAGUUGAAGAACUGAAUGCAAGGUUCAAAGAACUGUUUAAAUGUGAAGAAAUGGCGAUAGAUGAGGAAUUUCAUGUGAAUACAAUAAUCUCCAAACUCCCCCCCUCUUGGGAGGAUGUGCGCAUCGAGUUGAUGCGUGAGGAUGAGGAGGAGCAUCUGUCUCUUGCAAAGCUGAUGGAUCGCUUGGAGGUUGAAGAACAAUCACGCAUCAAUUAAUUAAUCACAAGGAAAGGAAAGUAGUAGUAGACUAUAGUAGUAUUAGUAGCAAGUUUGGUUUUUGGGAUAUAUGGCAGGUAGAAAGUAGUGUAUGAUCGAUCCAUGUCCGUCCUUAGUUUUAAGGAAUUAGGGCACA